GCAUGAAGCAAUACAAAUGCUUCCCGUACAUCUGGAACUGUUAGACCAUGUCGAAAAAUAGUCUUAUGGUCCCCCUUGUGGCACAAACAUAAACUGCAAUCACAUGCUCUAUACCGUCGUCAUCGCCAAAACUGUACAUUCAUUUGUAAGUGAGAAUGGGCGGGUUUCAGACGUAUUAAUGGUGGAUCGUCGCGUAUUUUCGUACUAUCUGUAGAGCGCAUAAGGAUUGGCUGAGAGAGUUUUCCGGCGGUAUUCUGUUAUACGUUUUUCAGAAUUAAUAGCUCGUUGUUUCGACAAAGAAACCGUAUACAAAACUAAUACUUGUGAAAAUGUAGCGUUGGAGUCAUAAUGUUAGCAUGCUAUGUUCCUUAACACAGUAUAAGGCUUCUGCAGGUAUAUCGGCGAGGUUAUCACUGCAAUAGAAAAUAAGAAAAUGUAUGCGCGUUAACAUUAAGAUGUAAGAAUUAUGUGAUUUGUCAUACACUUAACAAUUUGUACCAACACAGACAAACCUUGCUGAGGUUCUUACUAUGGCAUGAUGUAUACUUGUUUAACGGAUCUUAUGCCCAGGAAGGCGCUGUUUUCUGUAUUGCUUUUAUGUGCUGUGUGUAAGAAAGUAAACAGGAAUACAUGUGUCUUUACUGACCGAAUUCUCGUUUGUAAAAGUAAAACGUCUGAUUCAUUAAUUUAUCAAUGUUAUCAGAACGAUUGACUGGCUGACUAAUAUGAUGCAUUCAGGGAUCUUCAUAACAUAAUGGUUUUGAAAAACGUUAGCGAAACUGUAGCAAGCCAGAUAGGCCAAUAACAUUUCAGUGCUGUUUCCCCACGACUAAGUGUUGCCCCAGCAGCUAUUGUCUUUACAGUCUAUAUAUUAGCAGGGGAAGUCAACAGUGGGGCUGAAGCUCCAGCAAGAUUUUUUUUUUUUUUUUGUUUUUUUGCUGCAUCUCCAUCUCUAUUCAAUAAAGGGAACCUCUGAAAGAAAGACCAGGAGCAUAGAAUGGCAAAUUAAGAAAGAAAAGAAAACACACACGCACGUACGCACGCACACACACACACACACAGUGCUACAUCAGCUUUUUCUCUUUAGUUACCUGCGUCACUGACUGAAGACUUGUUUUGCAGCUUUGUGCAUCUAUGGCUUUUUCCGUGUGUGGGCAUCUCUGAGACUUUGCUUGGCUUGGGUUUCUCGCCUUCACGCUGAGCGAGCAGCAGCCCACCAUCAUCAGACAGCGACUUCAACUCUCAGUUUAACAGUACAUCCUCCUCAGACCUGGCAGAAAAAGAGUUUAAGUAUUUUCUUUUAUUUACAGAACACAAGUGACAAAAAAUGCUGCAGUGAAAAUACUUUUUAAAAAUGUUAUUCGUAACUACACAGAACAACAGGUUUCAACAUAGUGCUGCAAUAUCUACAUGGUGAAACCAAAAUGUAUAAACAUACCCUUAAAUAAAGAAUGUGCACUUUAACCACCAAUUGUUUCAUUACAAAUCUAAAACUGGAGUACAGAGGCAAAUCAAGAAAAACUAUGUCUUUGUCCCAAACAUGGGCUCACUGUAGAUUUAAUCACUGUAGUAAUAUUAUGAACUGCAUGUAAAAUAAAAUCUACUCAUUACAUUUUUCAUUGUAAUAUGUAGUCAAAAGUAAGGCUGUGUCAAACAUUUGAAAUAAAGCCACUAAGCAAUUGUGCACAGCAGUCAACUGCACAAGAAAUCCCCUUUCAAAUUGAGGUUUUGUGUGUGCUGCAUCAUUUGAAAGAUGCCUCUUUUGCAUUGGGGGGGAGGGGGAAAAAAACCCAAUACUUGUCAAUAUGCUUCGCUAGGCUGAAGGUUUUUGCCCACAACACUUUCACUGACUGAGCAUCUUGGAUGAAAAUUCUGAGAAAUUCACCUCUCAUUUCCUCUAUCACCAUAAAGAGUGACAUGCUAACUCCUGCACUUCAGAAGACACAUUCACUUACCAUAGGAGGGACGUAUCUGUCUUACUCAUCUGAGAUAAGCUGUGGCCAUGCUGGCACUUUGGGGCAUGAUUUUGACCCUGUCCUCUGUGACCGGAAGCUGCCCUGAGCCAUGUGAAUGUAUGGAUGACUCCACGCUCAACUGUCAAGACAAAGAGCUUGAGUCACUCCCGUCCCUCCCACCUGGAACCAAGGAGGUCUAUGCCACACACAACCUCAUCCACUCACUUCCUGCUGAUGGGUUGGAAGAGCUUCAGAUCUUAGAUCUGACCAAGAACCGGCUCAAUGUUUCCAUCUCAAACAGCUCUGCUCUCCCAGACAUGAGGAAGCUGGACAAGCUCUUCCUCAGGGACAACAGUUUGGAUACGCUGUCCCCUGGACAGCUCCGAGGCCUCACCAACCUGACGCUCCUGGACCUCAGCGAGAACCGCAUCAAGGCCUUGCUGCCUGGGUCUCUCAGGGGACUGCAGAACCUGGACACACUUAUCCUCAGCCUGAACGAGAUCCGCUCCCUGCGUUUCGGUGCACUGGAGGGAGCUCCCAGGCUUACUGUCCUCCACCUGAGUGGCAAUGCCAUAGAAGAACUGGAGGAGGGCGUGUUUGAAAACUCCACAAGUCUUCAGAUGCUGAUUUUGUCGAGGAACAAUUUAAGUAACAUAAGGAAUGGGUCCUUUAGGGGAGCUACAGGCCUUAAGCACCUUGACCUAAGGAGCAACAGUCUGGGAUCAGUACCUGUAGCUGCUCUAAAGGAUAUCCCCAAUCUUCAGAGCUUGAAUUUACAGAAGAAUAAUCUCUCCAGCCUUUCAGAUGAGGUAUUUGCUGGACUGACAUCUCUUAAGGAAUUGGAUCUGAGCAACAAUUUCCUGACUUCACUCUCUGAGAGAUCCCUGAAAAACUUAACUGAGCUAGGUCGGCUAGAUUUGAGCUUCAACCGGAUUUGGUCCCUUCCCUCUGGGCUGUUCCAGGACCUGGGCAAGCUGGAGAUCUUAGACAUCUACCAUAACAGGCUGAGCUCCCUCCCAGCAGACCUUUUUCGCAACAUGACUCUCCUGAAAGAGCUUCAGCUGGACAGUAAUAACAUCUCCUGGAUCCCUUCUGAAAUUUUUCAUGAAACACCUGGGCUCCAUGAGCUGCAGCUGGACAACAACCGACUCGUUGACCUCCCAGCAGACCUUUUCUCCAACGUCAGAGAGCUGAGGAUUCUGUACUUGAACCACAACGACCUGUCCAGGAUUCCUAAGGCCAUCUUGAGCCGAACUCGAAAACUGCGGGAACUGCACCUCAACAACAAUUUUCUUGAACCCCUCCCACGUUCAACCUUCCAAGAGCUGACCAAGCUCAGGAUCCUGAAGCUGCACAAUGACCACUUAUCCACUCUCCACCCAGACUUGUUCACCCACCUUAAGAGCUUGAAGGAGCUGUUCCUCAAUGAAAACAAGAUUAAAGUUCUUCCAUUGGGUUUGUUUAAAGAGCUUGGGAACCUCAAGGCACUCUACUUGGACAACAACCAGCUGACUAGCCUGUUCCCUGAGCACUUUGAGAAUAUGGAAAACCUCAAGGAACUGCACCUGAGCUUCAACCGCCUUUCUGAACUUCCCCCUAAUGUCUUCCACUCCCUGGCAGACCUGAGGACGCUAUAUCUCCACAACAAUCGCCUCACCUCUCUGCCAGCUAAUAUCUUCAACCCACUGAUGAAACUGCAGGAUCUUGAUUUAGACAAGAAUAAACUUGACCGCCUGCCCCCUCAACUCUUCCAGAGCCUCGAGCAGCUCAAAGUGCUCUACCUCAGUUCCAACCAUCUCAAGGCCCUUGAGCACGGCACACUCUCACCUUUGCGGUUCCUGGAGGUGAUCUAUCUGGAUGGAAACCCCUGGAACUGCACCUGUGCCUCUAUCCUGUAUAUCAGCAACUGGACCAAUCAGCAUCCAGCCCUUUUGAAGGACCACCCCACAUGCCCCAAAAUGGGAAAGCCCCUGUCCCAGCCAGCACAGUUCCCUUCUUUGCUGCCCCAGUGUGACAGUGGAGCUGCACAGCUACCCACGUACGGCCCAUCACUGCGCUUGCCAGCAGUACUCACAGCUGUGCUCUGGGCUAUGGGCUUCCUGUGAGCUUUCAUGCUUCUGCCUUCCAUCCCUUUUGUUUGUGCUCAAAACUAUGGCGCUUCUGAUCAGAAGAGCAGUUUAUGCGCCUCCUUGGCCCUAGGAAUCAUCCCAACCCCCCAUCCCCAUAACCCCCCCCCCCCGCCCCCACCAGAAAAUGUAAUGCACUUACAAUUUGUAUCUUUUUACAAAUCUUUCACUUAUAGAAUAGUGCCAUAUUAUUCACUGCAGCAUUCUUGUAUCCUGUUAUUUUUUGCAUCAUAGAUAAUAAAUCAAGCCUCAAUUUAAUUUCAAUCAAAUGAUGAAAUCGAUAUUGACACGUUUAAGGUAUUAAUGAGAAGUUUGCCUUCCUGAAACCUGAUGUCACUUAAAUCUAUUCUAAAUUCAGAUUGUAAAUCUGUAAUAUUUGUAUUUGUGGUGCAUCUUAUAUGCUUAUGGCGAUUUGUUAUAUCUUAUGGUUAUAUUUGUGCCUUAUUUCUUGUCAUUAAAAUGUGUCCAGUAUGGUCGGAACAAUUUAUGAUAAAGCAGCGUGGUAUGUAAAUAGCCAAACCAGUAAGUUUACAUUUCUGCUGGCAAAGUUUCACUAGGUGUCACUGUUUCUCCAUCACUUUUGAGGAAAACAGCAAUGCUAUUUUGCUAAAUGCUAUUUCAUCUUCAUAAUAAAAGUGCCUUCCCCAGC